AUCUUUCCUUGUUUUUAUUUUUCAGUUUCCGUUUAAAAACGAUGGCGAGAGUGUCGUCUCGCCUCCUGAACAGUUUAUCAUGCCUCCUGAUAUUUUUACACGUUGCUAAAGUGGCAGGUCUGGAGGACGAUACGAUUCCGGCGUUUUUCAAACUAGAGAAGAAACAAGUGUCGAACAUCACCCUUCAUGAUGUCCCCGCGUUUAACAUCGUUCUGGAGGUACAGGGUAGAAGUCUUUAUCCAAAAAUGCGCGUUAAAAUCACCCAGGAAAUGGCCCAAAGAAACGCAGAGUGUCGCGAAGCGGACUUUGCAUAUAAUAUCAGUGAAAUCCGAACGGACUCCAAGUGGGGCCAAUACAGUUUAGUUGUGCCCCAAAAUGUCAGUGGGAAACUUUACUUUUGUCUGCCCCAUCAAAUCGUGGAAAAUCAAUUGGGAUUCAUCACUCCUAAUGUUAUUGAUAGUGAAAGUUACAAGUGGUUUCAUCAAGGGCCCGGUAUUAGGGUGCCAAUGACUGAAGAGCCAAAGGCAACGAAUGCACCGCCAAUGGUGGGAAGCAGAGCACGAAGAGAUGAAAAUGCGACCGGAAUGUUGAAUGAAGAAAGCAUAGGCUCCAUUCGAAUCAAAGGUCUAAGGCUGGAAGCUUCGCCCAAAGAAAUCGAGUAUGACGAAAAUGGAGUUCCAGGCGUUCUGGCCGAUCUGCAACACACUGUGCGGCUGUUCGGUGAAGGUUUCACCGAAGGGAUGACCGUCACCUUUACUACGGAAAAGGGAACGUUUGGUGAAAUGUGUUACUUACCGAUUGCCAAAGGAUUUCCGAUUGAAAAUGGCUCUCUGUUUGGUAAUAGCAGUGUUCAAUUGAAAGUGACCCUCCCUGUACUACCGGCCAGUGCGGACGCGUUUUAUUUGUGCGUGAAAGAUGGUCCUGCCAACUCUCUGAAGCCGUUUGUGCACCAAGGAGACGACCCCUGGAUGCAGGUUAAAACCUACAGCAGUCUCAUCCCCCUUUGGGCCUCCAUUGUCGUGAUUUUCGUUUGCAUUUCGUUUUCUUCCCUGUUUUCCGGGUUGAACUUAGGUUUGAUGUCAAUGGAUAAGACCGAGUUGAAAAUCCUCUGCAAUACUGGAACGGCCAAGGAACGGAAAUACGCCAGAGUGAUUCAGCCAGUGCGAAAUCAUGGCAACUAUCUGCUCUGUUCCAUUCUGUUGGGAAAUGUGCUGGUAAACUCGAUUUUCACCAUCAUUUUGGAUGGACUGACUUCGGGACUGAUUGCGGUCAUAUUUUCGACUUUGGCGAUUGUGCUGUUCGGUGAAAUUUUUCCUCAAGCGGUGUGCUCCAGGCAUGGACUCGCGAUUGGUGCCAAAACUAUUUAUAUUACGAAAUUUGUGAUGUUCCUUACUUUCCCAUUGAGCUACGCGAUCGCCAAAUUCUUGGACUGUGUGCUGGGAGAGGAAAUCGGAAAUGUCUACACAAGGGAGCGGUUAAAGGAACUUGUAAUGGUAACUACUGGUGAAAAUGACUUGGACAAAGACGAGGUGAACAUAAUCAGCGGUGCUUUGGAGCUUCGCAAGAAGUCAGUGGCAGCAGUUAUGACUAAAAUCGAAGAUGUCUUCAUGCUGGACUACGAGGCAGUUUUGGACUUUGAAACCAUCACGGAAAUCAUGAAGAGCGGCUACUCUAGAAUUCCUGUCUUUGACGGAACAAGACAAAACAUCGUGACCAUGCUUUACAUCAAGGACUUGGCGUUCGUGGACCCCGACGACAACACGCCCCUGAAAACUCUUUGCCAAUUUUACCAAAACCCUUGCAACUUUGUCUUCGAGGACGUCACAUUGGACGUAAUGUUCAAGAUCUUCAAGGAGGGCAACAAAGGCCACAUGGCCUUCGUUUCGCGUGUAAAUUCCGACGGAGAAGGCGAUCCGUUCUAUGAAACCAUCGGUCUCAUCACGUUGGAGGAUGUUAUUGAAGAGCUGAUCCAGGCGGAAAUCGUCGAUGAAACUGAUGUGAUUACCGACAAUCGCACCAAGAGGCGCAGGAAAAACAUCACAUCGGAGAACAGGAAGGAUUUCACUGUGUUUGCAGACAAAACCGACAAGAACAAAGUUCGGAUGAGUCCGCAGCUCACGUUGGCUGCUUACCAGUAUCUAAGCACCAGUGUGGAACCCUUCCAAGUGAACGUGAUCUCCGAAACGAUCCUCAAACGCCUCCUGAAGCAAGACAUUGUGUGCCACAUCAAGAAGAACAAAGAAUGGAGAAAUGACCCAGUGACUGUUAUCUAUAGCCAAGGCAAAGCCGUCGACUACUUCGUCAUUAUUCUGGAAGGACGUGUGGAAGUGACUGUGGGAAAAGAGAAUUUGGUGUUCGAAGGCGGUCCGUUUACCUACUUUGGUACACAGUCACUGGUGCAGACUGUUGGCAUAGAAUCGCCGGCUGCUCCAGCUGGAAUGGGAAGUCUGGAGUCCCUGAACAUCGAUUCCAUGCUCCGACACACCUUCAUCCCAGACUACACAGUGCGAGCGUCCACUGAAGUGAUGUACUUAAGAAUAAAACGAAGCCUUUAUUUGGCCGCGAAACGCGCCACUCUUAUGGAAAAGUCCAAGAGGGACAAGAACCAAACCAGUGCGCAACUGGAUGAGGAGAUUGAUAAGCUCCUCGACGCCACUGGAGAUGACGAUAUUAGUUCAGGGAGAAUAACUCCUCGGCGGAAAUCAUCGCGCAAUCUUCAGAACAAGAGCCAGCAGGAGCUAAUCAACCAGUUUGAGAGCCCGAAAAGUCCUUCGCAUCUGAGCAACGCGAGCCCUCCAAACCGAUUGAGCGUUAAAGGAGGCGAUGUGAAUGGCUCAGUUAAGGGCAGUCCGGUUGAUGAGGACAACAUGGAUACAAGAGGUGAAGAAACGUCCCUCUUGCCCAAGAAAUCGUAACGCAAUGAGCGGGUCCUCUCUAAUGAUUUGGACCUUCCCACUCGUACUUAAGAGAAAUGAAGCAGUGCAAUGCUCUAUGACUGGGGGGUAUUUUUUAGUCUUCCGUCUUUAUGUUUCUCCUUCAGAAUUCAACCUUUUUUUCAAUGUCCCACGUUCCUAGAGCAGACGCACGCAAGAAAGGAAAUUAUUUUAAAUAGUGAAUAUUAAAUGUUAUACGUAUUUUAGGCAUGUUACAACUUUGAUAUGUUGCACUCUAGUAAUCAAGUGGUAAGUGUUGAAUGUUCCGAUAUGCAACAGUUACUUAAAUUCGCCAGAAGCUUAGGCACUGGGGCGUAAUAAUUAAAGUUAAGAGCAAUAACGGUUCCAAACCUUACCUAUUUCUUCUUAGAGUUAAACGCGGUUUUCCACGCAGUCGUUUCUUGGUUCUGAGUCUUUAACGAUAAGCAACCAAAACGAAUUUUUGAGCCUGUUUUAAAUUGAGAUGCGAAAUACGCAAUUGAAUAUUUUUACUACAGUGAUUAUCUAGUAUUGGAAAUUGUACUAAGAAUCCAGCUCCAGUACUUUGAAUAGACAAGGUAUUUAGUGCGCACUUUCCUUGCAUUAUAUUACAUGUAUACUGAUUGAUUUUUUGAAGUUGCUGCUUCAAACCCACUUUAUAUUGUAUGUUUAUCAUUUUUAGCCCAGAAAGUUGCUACUUGCAAUCAAGUUUCUGAAUUUUAUCUGCCAUUAUAUAAACCUUUGUUGAUCAUACUAAUCAUGAGUUUUCUUAGGCAGUAGCUGUAAAGCCAAAUAAGCUUGUUGAUUCCAAUAUAGUCAAUCCGGCUUAAAGUAGAUAGAAUGAUUCUCGUUUCAAUGCACGCAUUCAAGCAUAGAAGAGUAGCCAAAGCAUUUAACCUGUAGCGUGUAGCGCCAUUCUCAGCUACACGUCAGGAUUUUGCUAAUAAAUCACGUUCAAGCAACAUUUGAGAAAAGUACUUAACCCAUUAUGAGAUGAUGUUUAAUGCGACCUUAAUAUUUAAUACUAGUCUUCCUUGAUCAAACAGUCAAAUUCCACAUUCCUUUUGAACUUGCAUGUUAAAUAUAAUAGAAGAUUUUCAUUUACUUUCGCUCUUUUAUCGGCAUGUUUAACAAGAAUAGUUCAACUAUGUACUUUUGUUUGAUAGUGCCAAAUCCGGUCAACAGCAGGCCUUCCGCAAAUAAAGUACAAAAAGUCCCUAUUCAAUGUUGAAACAACAGUCUUAAUCAAAACCUCUAUUUCAAUGCUUGACUUUGUAGGUAGAACAUGUGUAUUAAAAAAUAUAUUUUGCCGUUUAUUUUCUAUUAAUGUUGUUUACUGAUAAGGACGAUUUUUUAUAAACCUGUUUAUUUAUAAGUGUUGAAUGUUUGGCAUAUGUAACAAGAUAUUUCAGACAUGGUGGUGCUUCUUUAUUUUCUUGUUAUGGUAUUAAAGAUUGGUAAUUGA